AUGAAGGAUGAGGCACUUUGUCCUGAAGUGACGAAGGAUGAGGCACUUUGUCCUGAAGAUGAGACAGUUGUUGAUGAAGUGCUGAAGGAUGAGGCACUUGUUGAUGAAGUGCUGAAGGAUGAGGCACUUGUUGAUGAAGUGCUGAAGAAUGAAGCACUUGUUGAUGAAGUGCUGAAAUUGUGGUGCACUCAAUGUGCAGGACACUAUAUACCACAACUAUGCCAAGCAAUUGUAAGGCACAACCAUAAAAAGGAAGAAGAAGAAUCUAUCAAUCUGAAGGGUUUCAUGGUUGGAAAUGCUCUAAUAGAUGAUUUUUACGACCAAUUGGGACGCUUCCAGUAUUUGUGGUCAGUUGGUAUGAUAUCUGAUCAGACCUUCAAGGAGUUGAACAUUUUAUGCGACUCUGGAUCGUUUUUACACACCUCAGAGCAGUGUGAUGAAGUUCUUGAUAUAUCUCUUGAAGAAAUGGGAGACAUUGAUAUUUAUAGUAUCUUCUCUCCUCCAUGCACAGUCAAAUUUAAUAGAUUUAAUCAUCUAUUAAAAAGAAAGGAAGUUGGUCUUAUCAAAAGAUCAUACGAUCCUUGCACUUUGCAGCACUCAGUUACUUACUUCAAUCUUCCUGAGGUUCAAAAUGCUCUCCAUGUUCAUAGCAAAAAUUCCUCAUCCAAAUGGGAUGCCUGCAGUGACGUGGUGAACAAAAAUUGGAAGGAUUCUGGUACUUCUGUUUUGAACAUCUACCGCGAGCUUAUACAUUUUGGACUUCGUAUUUGGAUCUUCAGUGGGGAUGCUGAUGCUGUAGUUCCAGUUACAUCCACACGUUACUGUAUAGAUGCUCUAGAACUUCCAACGAUUAGUCCUUGGAGUGCUUGGUACGACGAUGGCCAGGUAGGAGGAUGGACACAAGAGUACCAAGGACUAACUUUUGUGGUAGUGAGAGGGGCAGGCCAUGAAGUUCCCCUGCAUAAACCCAAGCAAGCCUUAACACUUAUCAAGUCUUUCUUAUCAGGAACUUCUAUGCCAAAACUGGAAAAAGUUACUGAUACAUAA